AUGGCUGAAACCCCCAAAAUCCGUUUCGGCGUUGUCGGGUGCGCCGACAUCGCGCGCAAGGUCUCCCACGCCGUCGCGCUCGCGCCCAAAGCCGCCCUGCACGCCGUCGGGAGCCGCUCCAUCAACAAGGCGAGCGCCUUCGCCGCUGCCAACGGCUUCCCCGCCUCCGCCAAGGUUUACGGCUCCUAUGAGGCUCUUCUCGACGAUCCCGAGGUCGACGCCGUCUACAUGCCGCUCCCUACCGGCCUGCACGUGCGCUGGGCUGUGCUCGCCGCCACUAAGAAGAAGCACGUGCUGCUUGAGAAGCCAGUGGCUCUUAAUGUUGCUGAGUUUGAUGAGAUCAUCGCGGCGUGCGAAUCCAACGGGGUGCAGCUCAUGGACGGUACCAUGUGGAUGCACCACCCACGCACCUCGAAGAUGAAGGAGUUUCUCUCCGAUGCAAACCGUUUUGGCCAGCUCAGAUCGAUUCACACCAAUUUUUCAUUUGCCGCUGAUGCUGAUUUCCUUGAGAAUGACAUUCGCGUGAAGCCAGAUCUUGAUGCGCUUGGUGCUCUCGGCGACGCAGGUUGGUACUGUCUUAGGGCAAUACUGUGGGCGGCCAACUAUGAACUCCCAAAAACUGUAAUCGCCUUGCGCAACCCUGAGCUUAAUCAAGUUGGGGUGAUACUGUCUUGUGGGGCUACUUUAUGCUGGGAAGAUGGGAAAGUAGCAACCUUCCAUUGCUCCUUCUUGUCCAACUUGACAAUGGAUAUAACUGCUGUUGGGACAAAAGGAACACUACAUGUUCAUGACUUCAUUAUCCCUUAUGAAGAGAAGGAAGCAUCAUUUUAUGCAGCUACAGAAUCAGGUUUUGAUGAUCUUGUUACAAAGUGGGUUUCACAGCCAAGCAAGCAUAUAAUAAAAACUGAUAUACCGCAGGAGGCUCUUAUGGUAAAUGAGUUUGCCCGUUUGGUGGCUGAUAUCAAAUUCAACAACGCAAGACCUGAGAAGAAGUGGCCAACAAUUAGUAGGAAAACUCAAUUGGUAGUGGAUGCUGUUAAGGCUUCAAUUGAGAGGGGUUUUGAGCCUGUUCAGAUUCAGGAAUAA